AUGGAGCAGGAGGAGCUGAUCUGGUACCAAAGAUCGAGAGAACAUUGGGUGAAAUUUGGCGAUCGGAACACAUGCUACUUCCAUCAACAAGCAAGCAUCCGCCGACGAAGAAACAAAAUUCAAAUGCUUAAAGAUGUUAAUGGGGAGUGGAUCCAGGAUCCGGCAGCCCUUGCAAAGCAUGUUUUCGACUUCUAUCAGCUUCUGUUUUUGCAGGACUCUUCCCCGUACGUUGACCUUCUGCCUAGGAAUCGUUUUCCAAGGGUCUCCCAGCAGGAGAUGCUCUGUCUCCUUCGUCCCUUUACGGCGGCAGAUAUUUUUCAGGCGAUCAUGGAGAUGAAGCCCUUGCAAGCUCCUGGCCCGGACGGUUUUCAUGCGCUAUUCUAUCAGAAUAACUGGGCAACGGUGGGUAAGGCUUUGGUUAAUAUGGCUUUGGAGUUUUUUUCUACAGGGCAGCUUGCAGAGCCAAUCACGGAGUCUACAUUGGUCCUCAUACCCAAAGUCGACAGGCCGGAGAUGGUGACCCAACUGAGGCCGAUAUCGCUCAACAAUGUGAGCCUGAAGACCAUUACCAAGGCUAUGACUCAACGUCUCAAGCCUCUUAUGCGAAAGUGGAUUUCUCCAAGGCAAAGCAGCUUCAUCCCGAGGCGGCAAACGACGGACAACAUCAUUGUGGUUCAAGAGAUUCUGCAUUCUCUCCGGAAGCGAAAAGGGAGAAAAGGAGGGGUGGUGAUCAAGAUUGACCUGGAGAAGGCUUACGAUAGACUCCGAUGGGACUUCCUCCGAGAUACUUUGAUGGAGAUCGGACUCCCCAGCUCUUGGAUUAACUGCAUCAUGUUCUGUGUUGAAAAGAACAAGAUGCGCAUCUCCUGGAAUGGCGAGCUCUCAGGCACGAUCACUCCCAGUAGAGGCGUCCGACAGGGAGACCCCCUUUCCCCGUACCUUUUUGUUUUAUGCAUGGAACGCCUUUCUCACAAGAUUGACCUGGCCAUUGAGGAGAAGCACUGGAAACCUCUGACGCUUUCACCUGGUGGCCCGAAACUCUCCCAUCUCUUUUUUGCAGAUGAUCUGAUGCUUUUUGCAGAGGCGGGACUUGGCCAGAUAACGACGAUCAAGAAGUGUUUGGAGGAUUUCUGUAUUAGCUCCGGGCAACGAGUGAACCUCCAGAAAUCCUUGAUUUUUGUCUCGCCAAAUGUGCCGAGAGAUACGGCUGCCGCCUACAGCAACCGCGCAGGGAUUCCUCUUACCUCGGAUCUCGGGAGAUACUUGGGAGUCAUGGCCAUUAAUUCCAGAGUCACCAAGGACCGGUACAGGGAGCUGGUUCUGAAAAUCCAGAAGAAGUUAUCCUCCUGGAAAGCUAAGAAACUCUCCCUCGCUGCUCGGUUGACUGUUGUGCGUUCAGUUUCUACCUCCAUUCCUGUUUAUUCCAUGCAGACAGAGAUGCUCCCUGCCUCAGUUUGCAAGGAUAUUGACAAGAUCAACAGGAGCUUCAUUUGGGGAGACACGGUGGACAAGAAACAAUCCCACCUUGUGGGAUGGAAGAAGCUUCUCGAGCCAAAGGAGAAUGGAGGAGCUGGUCUCCGCUCCCUGCGUCACUCCAAUCUUGCGCUCUUGGCAAAAAGUGGAUGGAGGGUGCUGCAAGAGAAAGACACGCUUUGGACUCAGGUCGUGCGAGGGAAGUAUGGGCAGAACAGAGAAGGAAUUUCUCUCCUCGAAGCCAAUCAGGGAAGUUCCUUUACUUGGAAAAGCAUUUCCAAAGCUACUCCUAUUCUGAGGAAAGGAUGCGCUUGGAACAUUUCGAAUGGAAAGAACACUAAGUUUUGGACUGACAUUUGGGCUAUGCAGGUACCCUUGAAGGAAAUCACAGUGGUGCCAAUCCCGGAGGAUGAGGUUCACAAACCAGUAGCAGCUUACAUUAGUGAGACAGGUCAGUGGCGCGUGGAUCUUCUCCAACAAUGGCUGCCUUCUUAUGCCAUGGACAAGGUCACAGCAAUUGCUACAGAUAUAAUCUCUGCGGAGGAGGAUAGACUCUGUUGGCAGCCCACCUCUACCGGGGAUUUCACGGCAAAGUCAGCUUACCAGAUUGCUUUUCCUGCACCCCAGCCUACAGACCAGAAGGUGUGGAAAGCGGUGUGGAAUCUUCAAGUCCCAGAGCGCGUUAGACAUUUCAUCUGGUUGGUUCUGCUUCAUCGCAUCACUACCAACAAAAGACGGUUUGACAGACACAUUGCUCCUGAUCCGUUCUGCCCAAACUGCAAUAACGUGCCGGAGACUGAGCUACACAUUCUGAGGGACUGUCCUACUUCCCUCUUCUUCUGGACACGAGAGGUGCCGACAAACAGUUUGGUAGAUUUUCUGUCAGCAGACCUCGAUCACUGGGUCAGCACGAACAUUCUCAACACGGAGGCGGACAGGAACGGAGUCCCGUGGGCAUCAAGCUUCAGCAUUGCCCUGUGGACGAUUUGGAAGAACAGGAACGAGGGCGCUUUCAGUGGUGGUAAUAAGUUACUUUCUCCCCCUUCUUUGCGGCAUGCUAUCCAUCUCAAGGUUCACAUCUGGCAUUCGGCAUGGAUGGCUCCCUCUCCUUUGUUGCUUCGAGGAAGUUUUAAGUCGAAUCGUGUCGUGACCGAUAUAGGAUGGGUGGCGCCACCUAGAGGCUGGUGUAAGCUUAACGUUGACGGGGCCUCCCAAGGGAACCCUGGGAAAGCCGCAGCAGGAGGAGUCUUCAGAGAUGAUCAACGGCGGUGGUUGGGUGGUUUCUGCUAUUCCAUUGGGGACUGCUCGGCGGCCUGCGCCGAGUUGUGGGCAAUCAAGCAAGGACUCGAGAUGGCUUGGAGGAGAGAUCUCAGACUCCUAAUUGUUGAGUCCGAUUCCCGGCUAGCUAUUGAUUUGAUUCAGCAUCGAGUGGAUCAUGUCCACCCUUUGGCCUCUCUUCUGAGAUCUAUUCGCAGGUUGGUGGCGCAGGACUGGUUGGUCAACAUAGUUCAUACUUACCGUGAAGGGAAUAGAGUCGCGGACUGGCUCUCGAAGCACGGUCUCGUCUAUCCCCAUGGUAUGUAUGAACUGGUUGACCCGCCGGCCCCCUUGAGACCCAUAUUGCAGGACGACGAGAGAGGUGUUGUUUUACCUCGGAGUGUCGUCCAAACUCCCCAGACUCACCUGUAA